AUGUCGCCCGUUGCCUUCCAGUUUGGAACAAUGCAGGCACUGCGGUGGGCUCGCGUGUCUCUUCGACGACCUUCCCGCGCGUCAGGCCAAUGCUUUCGGCCAACAGCGGGUUCGACCUUGUUGUCCAGCGUCUGGAGCAGCUCUCAAGUUUUGUUGCAGCUUUCAACCCUCUCUAGGAGCCAAGUUAUUCAUAAUUUUCCCACGAGAAGAGCGCUCAGUACUUUGCUGGGCAAUGGAGCCGCGCCACAACCGGUGGCUGCGUCUGAGUCGGUCAUCUCCUUGCCGCCUAAAUACGAACUGCAGCCGGAUGACGUGCACUGCUUUGUGGGUCUCAAUGGCAGCGGGAAGACCCAAUUCUUGGCUAGACUACAGGACCACGUUAAGGGGCAGCAGGCAAGGGGAGAACUACCAGCGUCCUGCCGGUUGUCGAGUCUCAGUCUUGAUGCUCAUCGGGAAUUCGUGGCCGAGAAUGGACAUCGUGUUGUGGCCGAUGUGCUUGGCGGUAUUGGCUCGCCUACUGCUCGGGAUUUGAUUGUGAGACUCGGACUGUUCCCCGUGUGGGAGCAGCGAGUGCGUCACCUAUCGACUGGAGAAAUGAGGAAGCUACUGCUUGCAGUGGCGCUGUUGGAGACUCCAAGAGCGUCGGUGCUGAUUCUAGACCAACCGUUCGACGGGCUGGAUGUGAAGGCGAGACGACAGCUGCAGUGGAUGCUCGGACAGUUGACGAGGGGGUUUACCAGGCUCUUGGUGGAGACGACGGGGGCCAAACACGAGGCAUUCGCCUACAAGACACAAGUGCUGUUAGUAGCGAACAGGCUGGAACAGGUUUUCCCUGAGAUCUUCUCGCACACAGUACUGCUAAAACAAGGUGACAAUGGUGCCCAUGGAUUCGAGGUCGUAGCCUGGCCUGACGAUAAGGAAGACGACACACGCAACAAGGCCAUGAUGAAGCGUUUAGAGGAGUUCUACGCUGAAGAGAAUGAGAAGCGGGUGAAGAUGGCGGACACGGAACUUGUAUCCCUUGUCGAGCAACUCUUCGAGUGCCGGGGCGGAGCACAAGUUGUUGCCGACAUGCCUGCUGUGCAGUUGAAUGGUGUGACGAUCUCGUAUGACCGCAAGCGAAUUCUGCUAGACGGUGUCGAUUUUGUACGACAAACGCACGAACACUGGGUUUUGCUAGGACCUAAUGGCUCUGGCAAAAGCUCGCUCAUGCGUGUUUUGAUGCAGACACCAGGUCACGGUCUCACAGGAGGUGAGGUUUUGGUGGUCGGGGAGCAAGUACAGCUCUUUAAAUCGGACUCUCCGAGCGAGGACGCACCAACAAAUUCUCGUUCAAGACUCGAAGCUAUCUCGACUGACCAGCACAUCCAGCUCCUGCACAAAAGCCUUCAGGCCGAGGAAGCUGAGGAUCAAACCGCAUUCAGCCUAAUCGAGAGCAAUGCGGCAAGCCGAGAUGCUGCCGAGCUUACCAUGCUGUUGCUGGCGCUCCCAGAUGCAGUGAAGACACGUACGCUCUCUCAGCUCUCGCAGGGCGAGCAGAAGCUCGUUCUGAUUGCUCGUGCGCUGGCAGCAUGUCCAAGGUUGCUGAUUCUAGAUGAGAUCACGCACGGCCUGGAUCCAUUCAACCGCGCUCAUGUGUUGCGUGUGAUCGAAACUAUUGGUCAACACUCAGCACAGCUGACUCACAUGGUGCUUAUCACCCACCACGAAGAGGAAAUCACUUCGUGUUUCUCGAGCAUCUUCGAGAUUCAGGACAAAAAGAUUGUCGAGCGGCCUAGACAGGUAGAGACUACAUGAGCAAGAUUAGAAAAGUGAGAGCUUGGCUGUUCAUUGAAUAGACCGUGACCAUAUCAAAAGUGACCUA